UAAGAUAUCAGCAAGGGAAAAUGACUGGCUCCAUAGCCGACCAAAGUAGCAAGUAUGCAAUGCAUCCAUGGAUUAGAAAUGAAGCGCGACGAAGGGCUGUGUUGGAAUCUGGAUGCUUAUUACUCCUCCCAUGGGGAUAAUGAGAGGAAUGAGUGGGGUUAACAUACUCCUCUUACCCGCGGCCCUACAGUAUACAUAUUCAUAUACACCCAGAAACAUCUCGAGACGGACAGAAAAAACAUACCAGAACGAAAUAACGAAAGCACAAAACUCACCAAACAAAAACAAUGCACUCCACAAACACCCUCGCCGGCAUCCUUCUAUGCCUCACAGUAUCAACCCUCCCCAUGCUAGCCUCCGCCCUGCCGACCCCCAAUCAAUCUGACCUGGAGAAACCCAACACAGAAGCCCACCUGGCGCUGUCUCCCUUGGCGCUUGGAAAGGGGAUGAAUGUUGACAGGCGUGAUGAUCUGCGCGGUAAAGAUAGAGCACUUGCGAAAGCGGACGCGGCCCUCGAACUCGGAGUCGAUCUCGGACUCGGGCUCAGAGCCAGGAAUGGGCCGGCGCCGGCGGACUUAGUAAUACUACCUGGAGGACCCCAUGCUGGGGCGGCAGAUGGGAGUGAAAUCAAACACGAAAGCGAACAUGCAAGCGAGAGUGGAAGGGAAUUGGAAAGUGGGAAGCAGCUAGUUAAGAGGUUUAGGUGGUGGUAUUGGAGGUCUGCGACGGAUGAGGCAGAGCCAAUGCAUGGGGGAUUGAAGGACGGUGCUGCUGCUGCUGGUGCUGCUGGUGUUCAUGGCGAUGUUCAAGACGGGGCAGAGAAUAAUGAUAUAUGAGAUUAUAGAAGCCGGUGGUUAAGGGAAAUUGGGUGACGGACAGUUUUUUUGUUCCUGAAGGCCAGGGCAGGGCUGGUCUAGGUUGGCGUAGGGCAAGAUAGUGUGAUAGUUCAUCUUGAAAUAAAAUAUUUUUGUGGUCGAA